CGCAUCAGCCUGUAUAAAAGACCGCAUCAGCGGUCGGUCAUCAUUGUGAAUUAGCUCCUGUGCUUUAUCAGUUCACUUGCAACACUCCCGACAACCAAAACCGCCAACACCAUGUUCAAAUACGUGCUAUUCGCUGCUCUCCUGGCUUUCGCCUCCGCCAAGCCCCUGGUCUACGAGUACCCGAUAGCCUACACUGCCCCCGCCGUGGCGGCCGCGUACACCGCCCCUGUCUACUCGGCCUACAGCAGCGCAUACACCGCGCCCUACUACUCGCCUUACGCCUACGCUGCUCCUUACUCUGCCUACUACUACCGUUGAUCACCAAAAAAUAGUGAAUCUACUCGACUGCUCGGCUAUGUGAUUUAAUAUUUAACUUUAUGUAUUAAUUAUUUUAAAUUAAACAAUAAAGUCAAACGCGUAUAUUAUGCUGCUAUAAUGAA